AAGUACGGCGACCUUGCUUCAUUCUCGACGACGAGUGCAGCCAAUGACGUCGUGACCUUCAUCUCGAACUACACGAACGGAGCCUCUACUAUUCUGUAUGGCAUCAGCUACGGAACGAUUCUACUGGAACGGAUCAUGCACUUGAAUCCUGCGAAGGUUACUGGGUACGUGUUGGACGGCGUCGCCACGGCUUCGGGGGCGGCCGGUGACAAGUUCAUGUAUCUGUCA